AUGGCCAAUGGGGCCAAGGCCUCAGCCCGCGACUUUGGGGGCGUCACCGCUCUUGGCCGGGCAUGCUGGGGGGGAGACUUGGUGGCUGCCGAAGCCAUGCUCAGUGCAGGAGCCGAUCCAAACGUGCCCUACUUUGUCCAACAGAGUGAUACUGCGCCUUGGCCAAAGGCCUGGUUCUUGCUGAGCGAUGUUCUUUUCACCUUGACCCCUCAGACAUAUCCGGGGUCUGAAAACGCAUUCGACCUGUACAGAAAAAAGGACAGGGGCCGGAACCGGAAACUCGUCACGCUGCUUGUCAAAUACGGCGCCGACCAAAGCCGGCUCGGUCCAAGAGCCAAGAGGAUUUUGGCGCGUAUUCUGAACAGGGCUGAUAAGAUAUCGAGAGUUGUUCAAGACAGCGACGCCAAUAACCUCAACGAGUGGGACUACAGCAGCGGUAAAGAACAUGUCGAGGCUCUAGAGUACAAUUACCGCAGAGUCAUUUGGAUGGAUAUGGAUAUUGAACCCGACAGCGAAGCUGAAGACGGAAUCACCGAGGUUGGAGAGGACUAUGAGACGGAUUACGACUUCGGAGAAGAUGAACGGUAUUCGCUUUGGUAG